UACAUUGCGCUAGCCAACCUCGGAAGAACGUUAUCUUCGAGAUGCCGUGCUGAGCCGGGACCUGCACUCGAUGACGAUUUCUAACCACCAGAGAGACCUACAUAAAUACGAUACGGUAGAUGCCUAGAUCUUCAUCACACUUCGAACUCGCGUAGCAUUCGCCGUUGUACACGAGCUGCAGUCUCAAUCAACCUUGGUAACCCUCUCCUCAAGUCGCCCCAAUCCACGAAACCCCGCCCCCUCAUCAUGGCUCCCCCCUCCGAGAUCCGAGCUGUCGUCAUCGCCAAGCCCGGUGCGGCCGAGAUCAAGACCGUGCCGCUGCCGCGUCUCCCUGAUGACUACAUCCUCGUGCGCACCACGGCCGUGGCAAUCAACCCGACCGACUGGAAGCACAUCGACGGCGGGGCAAUCAUCGGGGGCGUUGUGGGGUGCGACUACGUCGGUGUCGUCGAGCAGGUCGGCCCGAAGGUGACCAAGCAGUUCGCCAAGGGCGACCGCAUCGCCGGCUUCGUGCACGGGUCCAACAAGGUCCGGCCUGAGGGCGGCGCGUUCGCCGAGUACAUUAUCGCCAAAGGCGACGUGCAGAUCAAGGUGCCCGAGAAUCUGAGUGACGUGGAGGCGGCAACGCUCGGCGUCGGCGUCGCCACCGUAGGCCAAGGUCUUUACCAAGCCCUGAAGCUGCCUCUGCCCGGUAGCAGCGCCGCUACCUCGGCGGGCAGCGAGCCGCGCGAGAUCUUGAUCUACGGCGGCAGCACCGCCACGGGCCUGCUGGGCAUCCAGUUCGCCAAGCUGUCGGGCUACCGCGUCGCCACGACGGCCUCGCCGUCCAACUUCGACUACCUCAAGUCCCUGGGCGCCGACGGGGUCUUCGACUACCGCUCGCCAACCGUCGUGGACGACAUCCGGGCGUGGAGCAAGGACCCGGACGCGCUGACGCUGGCGUGGGACUGUAUCGGCACCGCCGACUCGGCCCGCAUCAGCGUUUCGGCGCUGAGCAAGACGCGCGAGGGCCACUACCGGGCGCUGCUCGUCGUGCCGGACGCCGUCGUCGCGCAGGCGAAUCCGAAGGUGGACAACGGGGUCACGCUGGCGUACACCGCGCUUGGCGAGGCCUUUGAUAUGUGGCGCGUGUUCCCGGCUGUGCCGGAGGAUCUGGAGUUCGCCAAGGCGUUCUGGGAGCUCGCGAGGGAGCUCUUGGCGAGCGGGAAGGUCAAGCCUGCGCGGGCGGAUGUGAAUCGCGGCGGGAAGGGGUUUGAGGGGAUCCUGGUUGGGUUGAAGGAGCUGAAAGAGGGAAAGGUGAGCGGCACGAAGCUGGUGUACACGCUCUGAGCGGUCGGUUGUUGAGUUGACGGGUUCGGUGUGUGGCGGGAAACGCUUAUGAUGAGACAAUUUGCCGCAAAGAUGCUCUCCCAGGUAGCAUGAUGCACUCAGUUUCUUAGGAUCCGGUGUUGGACCAUUGAUAUGUCCGUGAUUGAUGGGUAUCUCGGAAGAAGGAGUAAAAAAGAAAAAAAAAAAGUUCAUGUACAAGACAGGCGCAAAGUCCCAGAGCCACCGUGUUUGGAUCAACGGUGGUUAUCGUUCUGUGUGCGUGAGAGGCGAGAUGCUGCCACACGCGAGGUGCCCGAUUGCAGCAGGUCUGCGAUGACCUGCCGGAGAAGUGCCUGGUGACCGGCGGAGAAACGCAUCUUGACGAACGGCUUCACCAAGGCGCCGCAUUCAAUGGUCGAGAUAUCGACCAGCUCGUAGUGAUCGCCCCCGUAGACCACGUCUUGCGACUCGGUGCCGUCCCUGACC